AUGUCGGUCUACUCAAAUAUCCACAGGGCCUUCCUCCAAGCCCUUCUAAUCCGUCCUUUCAUCGACGUCCAAGAGGGCCGUGAACUACUCGCAGCUAUCAAAUCCGCUGAAGCAGGCUCCGAUGUCUCCAUCGAAUCUGUACCUCCUAAGGAAUUCCGUGCUAUCGUUCAUACGAUCCAGAAUACGAUCUCCUCGUUUGAUCUCGAUAUCCGUGAAAUGCCUGACCAAGAAGAUGGGAAUCACUGUUACGCCCUUGUCAAUGAUUCCAACGAUGAUAUAAUCCGAUUUGCUACCACACACACCCUAGACGAAAUCUCAUAUUUCAAACGAUUACUAGACGAGAUGUUCGACACAAGUAACACCAUAUACGCCGAGAUCAUGGCCGUCAAAAGUAUGCGUGCCAUCAGUCUCAACAAAAAUCCUCCUUCCGAGCGUGAAAACCAAGAGGUCAUUGUUGAAAAUGCCAACGGCGAGGAAGAACGACAGACCAUUGCUGGUGCUGGUAUUGGCCUCACAAAACAAGAAGCAGAGGACUGUCUCACCAGAUUCGUCGACGAAGGCUGGCUUGAGCGUGAUAGAGCGGGGUACCAUUUUCUCUCAACCAGAGCCCUCUUGGAGCUUGAGCGCUAUCUAUCGGACACCUAUAAUAUCGAGGAAGAAGAGGAACAGGAAGAUGGAACAAUAAGGAGGGGUCCAAAGAAACUGCGGAUUAAACAUUGUGGGCACUGCAGGUACAUCCACACAAUCGGCCAGCGGUGCUCGGAUAUGCAUUGUGGGUAUCGGCUACAUAAUCACUGCGCUGAAGCUAUGUUUAGUAGGCUACCUGCCAGGGAAUGUGGGACUUGUAAGAAGGAAUGGACAGGGGAGCCUGUAGGACCGAGAGCAGGAGUAAGUGCCAGCAGCGGCGCAUCAGGUCUACGAAGGGCUAAGGGCCGCGAUUCAGAGGGAGUCAUGCCUCAAAGAUUGAGCAAAGCAGUCAAGCGAAGUAUUGAAAAGAGCAAGGGCCGCAGAAGCACCAUGUUUGGUGAUGGCGAUGACGAUUGCGAGGUCGAUGAAGAUACGGACGCAACCACCCCCCUUCCGAGGAGGCCACGGAAUUCUUUAGGACGAAGAAACAGAACAUCAUUGGGGGAGGUUGAAGAAGAGGGGGAAGAUAAUGAAGGUCAGCCUCCGCGGAAGCUUAGCCGUAUAUUAAAUGGUACCAGUAGUAGACGAACCUCCGCCUUACAUCGGCGGUCUAAUUCACCCGGAGAAGACGAACUAGCGGAAAGCUCUCAUUCCGCUGCUGCUCAUAUCAAAAGGGAAAGCUUAUCACAUCGACGGGAAGAUCGGAGCGAAGAAGACGAUGAUGAAGACGAGGAAGAGGAAUUGCCAAGGAGGUUACAGAAAGCAAGCCUUCAAUCGAAACGUCGAUAG